UAACGCGGCACCGUGCAGAGCCCCACGGAGCGGCCCCUGCCUCAGUUUCCCCUCACCGGGGCGUCACCGUCACUGCUGCCACGGCUGCUGCUGCCAUGUGGAUGGUGUCMCCGCCGGUCGAUGAAGGAUCUGCCUGGCUUUGGGACACGGCAAAGGCGGGGGGUAUUUUCCAGACCACCAAGAAGCUGGUGCUGAGCGAGCAAGUGGGACGGGGACAGGCGCUGGAAUUCUUCCGGAAAAACGCGGCCAACGGGCUCUCCGUGGCCAACCUCCUGGCUGGGCUCUCCUCCAUCCUCUGCAGCGUCAACAGGCAAUACCAGCACUCCUGCUGGCUGCUGCUCCUGGGCUUCCUGCUGGAUCUGGCUGAUGGAGCCGUGGCCCGGCAGCUUGAUGCCUGCUCAGCACUAGGUGCCAAGCUGGAUGACUUUGCGGAUUUCACCACGUUUGGGCUGGGCACAGCACUGUUGCUGAAGCCCCAGGGUGUGCUGGGCGGGCUGCUGACCCUUACCUAUGUGCUGGCCGUCUUCGCCCGCCUCUGCUUCUUCUCCAGUGGGAUUCCCUUCACCUACCGGGGGCUGCCCUGCCCCUACGCCUCAGCGCUGCUGGCCAGCACCUUCCUGCUCACCGGGGGACACGUGGCCCUGCUCCGCAUCGCCGCGGCUGCGAUGAUCCUGUUCAUGGCCGACUGUGGCUUCUACCCCCACGACAGGGUGCUGGAGUCACAAUUAUGGAAGAAACUGGUUUAUGCUGGAGGGGUGGUGGCUGUCCUGCUGGCACCAACGGCGGUGGCUGCGGUUUAUUGUCUGGCCUGGGCCACGUCCUACAUCGUCUUCCCUUUCGCCCUCUGGAGCUGCAAGGCCUGAGCCCUCUCUAAAGCCUAGUAAAGCCUUCCUCAUCCUCAUCGUCCUUG